GUUGGAAGAUGAUGAGAGCACUGGAGAUGAAAUAAAGUUCUUGGCUACUGUGAGAAAGAUGAACAUGAAGCUCUGUAAAACUUGAAAAAUACGACUAGGAUUACUAGGACAGCGACAGUAUGAGAUGAACUAUAUCUAUAACUAAGGCGUAUGUGUUUACCUGUCUCUAUCCGCACGGCGCGAGGACGUAUGAACAUGUGUAGUUUUCGUCGUACGUGAUCAAUUUUCUGAGCGUCAAUUUUUGGACUCCAUGUUGGAGCGAAUAGAAGAUAGAUGAAGCAUCAUUGAUGAUUGACAAUUUGAAAAGCUUUUUGCUCGUUUAAUAUUUCGCAUUCGCUGCAAGUACGAAAGCCGUGGGUCGUCGUCGUGAAAAGAAGAUUUGUAUUUUUGUCGUGCAUUGCUCGCCUUGUAUUUAUGUCGUCCACCGUCGAAUCAUUAUUUUCAUUUUUUCGACGUCGAAUUCAAUAUCAAUUCACAAUCACAACCACAGUUUUUUUUUGGGGGGGAGCAAUAAUAAACCAAAAAUCUUCGAAUAGUACAACAAUUUGGACAUCAAAUAAGCUAUAGGAAUCAAAAAAAUGGCGUCUGACGCGCUUGAGCUCCAAGCCGUCAUCGGGUUCAAGGGCACCGUGCCAAGUAUCCGGGUGCACAGCUUCUGUUUUCCCUCUAUUUGGAGUGCAUUCACAGCAACAGAAGUAGCGGUGGCAAGAAAGAGAACGGCGCACACGCAGCGUCUCCUGCAUGAUGAUCUGCAUGACAAAUUCAAAGAAAUAAGCGUCGCGGCGUGGUUCUAUUUCGCGUCUUUACUUUUCGGAUGAACCUGUCAUGCAAGCAGCGCCGCGAGGCAGAGUGUGGGUGUUCGUGUGGUAUCUUGCAUGACAUCUUCAGACGAGGGAAACAAGAGGAGUUGUGCAAUCUCAUAUCCAGUGGGCUGGUCCUACACCCCGACAACGAACACCUCAUUUUUCCGCUGGGAUGCACCGUCGUGGUAUUCAAACCUGCUUCGAGAACGAGCAGCGCGCUCCUUUGAUUUUUUGUAUUGCGAAACAACAUCCAGCUUCCAUUCUUCCAGGAAAAAUAAGAAAUCUUGUGUUGCGGAACUACUUCUUCCGUAUGAUGAAUAAAGCUGCUAGACACUGACAAAAAUAGUAUGACAAAAACUACAGGUACGAAACGUGAUCCAGCGAACGCAGAGCUUUCUGCAGGGGCACGAUAACGAUGUUAACUGCAUCACGGUAUCACAAUCAGGAGACCUCAUGGCGUCAGGUACCUCUACCGUGAUUGUGCUGUUUGAAAUUAUUUUAAUGUUGUCAUGCGCCGCAAUAUCAACGCAUGAGCAUGACUCAGAUGGAGACUGCCAACUACAUGCGUAGGUACUUCUUACUUGCUUCUACUCGUACUCCGCAACAUCAUGUUGCUUGAUCUUGAAACAAACUAACAUGAAAAGGUCAAUGCACCUUCAUGGGCUUCAAUGCAGACAUCAUUGUCUGGGAUUUCAACCAGAGAAAAGAAAGAUACCGACUCAACCUGCACAAAGUCGAAGUCAAGGCGCUCUGCUUCUCGCCCGACGAACUCUUCCUCGCAUCGCUCGGUGGGCAGGACGACAACUCAUUGGUAGUGUGGGACAUGCAGAACGGUACUAUUUCUUUUGCAUUUUUCCUCGAACUUUACGAAAUACGAAUUAUCACGAUCGACCCAUCGAUCCAUCUGUUUGUAGUUGUGUUUGUCAUGCUGAUGCCCAUGCAUGAAGAUUUUUAUGCACAGCAAGAGCAACAGCAAAACCAGCCACCUUCUAAAUUAUCCAUCCAAAUGAAUUCGAUCCACAGGCUCGGCCAUCUGCGGAACCCCAGCGGGCAAUGACAGCGCGCAUUGUGUCAUAUGAAAUGCGAAAGCAUCGUAGUAGUAUGGAUUGCAUUACAAAUUUUCUUAGCAUGAGAAAUUAAAUUUGUAAUGCAGAUUUGCCUGAAGAAAGAGAUUUGUAAUGUAUGACUGCAAUUACUACGAGUGCGAUACUUUUGCACAGGAUAUGUCAAGUUUUUCAACAACGACAGCAUGAAACUCGUCACCGCGGUAUCACAGGAAAAAGUCUUAACGUUAACGGUUUUCAUAGAUUGCAAAUAUGCAUGACAAAUCGUGCCUGGCGUGCAUGCUAUGCAUGACAAAUCUGGGCGCGUGUUGUCAUGCGUUACCGCAUUACAAAUUCUGUUUACGUCAACACUUUUUCCUGUGAUACGCGGGAAACUAUCACGUUACCUCGUGGCGCAUCGACCUGCAAAACAAGAAAAUCCGACCAACGCCCUGUGCACUCGGUAUAGAUUUGUUGAUAUGUAGAUGUACUUACUCGCUACAACUAAUCAUCUUUUACAUCAGCCAUCAAAGGCGAUUGCCAUCACUUGACAGGAGGUGUUUGGUUCUUUCCGCAUGCCGUUCUUUUUCGAUCGUCCGCGGUCCUGUUCUUGCAGUUGCUGCACGAUAAAUUCAUUUUUCAUAUUCAGAACUCACUGCAUUAUAUGAAAUCAAUUAUCAGGUCAACUGAAGCGGCAGACAACGAACUUAGUGAUUGACGCAACGGUAUCAAAUGUAAAUAUGUCUGGGUCUGGAACAGUGGAACUUGUGGCGCGUGUCUUGCAUUCCUGGAAAAUCUGUGUUGCAUGAGCAGCAAAAGCGGAACUCUCUUUGUCAUGCAAAAACGCAAUUAUUUGUGAUGCGUGCUAGGCAUCAGCAGGCGUUUCAAAAACUUGUCAUGCUUGGCUGCCAUUGCAAGCGCUUCACUCGUGCUCAAUUCAGCAUCACAGGUUUCCAGACCCAGACAUAUUUGCAAUGCAUAAGCGGAUGAGUUUGCUUACUGCGGCACGAAAACCGGUGACCUGCUGCAGAUCCAGCUCGGCCGAUGCCUCUACAAGCGGUCUGCGGGGAACAAGAAGAACUUCUCAUUGGGAAUCACCGCCACACUAAUCCUGGACAACGGAGACAUCAUCUGCGGAACAGGGGCGGGGCUGUUGGUACAGAUGAAUUUCGCGGCCAUGGUGCCGCUUGUGGGUCUGAAGACGUGAGUUUGUGCUGCAUGAUCGACACCACGAAAAAUGCGAUCAACAGCAAGGAUCAUGUCCAUCAAAGUUGAAAGUUGUCACAUGAUUUCUUGCCAGGUAAAAUUCAGCGCAGCAGACCUUUCUGUGAGAGCAAUGACCAAGGAACCACUGAUGGGUGGUGUUACCUCUAUCGCAAAAACGGCCGACAACACACACAUGUACUAACUUACUCGUAUCCUGUGCAAAAGUAUCGUACUCGUAUUGCAAUCAUGCAUUAAGUAGAACCUUUUUCGUAUUCGUAAGGUACAUCAGCAUUACAAAUUUUGUCAUUGGAAAUUUUCAUCAAAAGCCCUCAACGACCAUGAAAAUACUUUCUCAGGUUCGUCGGUACGGACAAGGCGAACAUGUACUGGGUGAACCUGGAUACUUUUAAGGCCGAGCUCCGAAACUCCUGCCACUUCGAGCGCAUUAACGCGGUCAAGUUCCCAAGGGGGUUUUCCCGAGUCUUCGUGACCUUAUGCAUUGCAAAAGUAUCUCAAAAGUAGUAAUUAAACGCAUGAUAAAUUUCCGCGACAUAAAAAGUGCAAUUUGUAAAUGCUAAAUCAGUAUAGGAAACCAGCUUUGUCAUGCAUGUCUGGGAUUACUACGAGUUGUGCGAUACUUUUGCAAUGCAUAGACGUCCUCCUGCAGCGACAUCCGAGUGUGGGACGCCUUGCAUAUCAAGAAGAAAAAUCUCCCCUCGUCCAACGGAAAUCUGUGAUGCGGAUCUGUGGCCACAAAUCAGCUUUGUCAUGCUAGAAGGGAAAGGAUGUUGUAGACACUGUAGUGCUUGGCGGCGUGGGAAGGCCUUGCGUCUUCAGCAUUACAGGAGGCGGCUGGAAUUAGGAGACAGCAUGGCAAUUGCCUGCAAACGAGGCCACAGCUGCGGCUCUCGGCCUUCUAGCAAUACAAGUCGACCUGUGUACUCAUAUACAGCAUCACAAGUUUCGUCCUCGAUAUGGGGAGGGGGAAUUUUUCCUUUUGAUAUUGCAGAGGCAAGAGCUUCUGCGCAUCCAGGUGCCGAACGUCGAGUGCCACGCGUUGGACUUUAGUUACGACGGGUCCUCCAUCCUCACAGGGUGGAGCGACGGCAAAGUCAGGUCGUUCUUGCCGCAAAGUGGCCGAUUGCAGUACGUUAUCAACGACGCACACAGGAACGGGGUACAGUUUUUAUUUAUUUGACGCUCUUUGCUAUUGCUUGUUGCUUUAAUUUCGAACAACUUCAGGAACUUGUGAUGCGUGACAACAUGGGAUCAGCAUGAGAGAUGAGGUAGAUUAUAAUUUUUGUCGUGCACGCUUUCUUCGAAUAGGAAAACGAAAUCAACAACAACCUUCAGUGCACGGCUAUCGCUACCACGUGCACGGGAACAAGACUAGUCACGGGCGGAAUGGAGGGCGAAGUCAGAGUAUGGAGGUUAGGCGGGCAGAGCCAGUCCAUGGAAGCAUCCCUGAAGGAGCACAGAGGGAGAGUGUGGAGCAUCUGCCUCAUAUCAAAUGCAAAAAUAUCUGGGUCUGGAAACUUGUGAUGCCAAAAUGUGCAUGAUGAAAACACUUCCGAAUGCAGUUCGGCACGACAACUUCCCAAAACGCUUUCUCAUAGGCGAUCCGCAUGAGAAGCUGCGUUUUUGCAUGACAAAAGAGGCUGCGACUUUUGUUGGUUAUGCAAUACAGAUUUUCUAGGUAUGGAAAGCUAGCAUUACAAGUUCCAACCUUCCAGACCCAGACACUUUUACAAUCCAUACCUCACAAAGGAUGACAAGAAGGUACCUAUAUCGAAAUUCCAUUUAAAUUUCUAGGGACGACGUGUGAGAUUGCAUGCUGCAAGUGAUGAAACAAAAGUAGACUUCUCUUCAACUUCGCUUUUUUUCCAUCAACAUCUUCUCACGCGACGUCGCGAGUGCGGCGGCGCUCGAGCUGUUUACUUUGAUGGUGUAUUGCAUGACAAACAUGGUGUUGAUGGUGCGCGGCUCCUGUGUACUAAGCUGUUUAUAAUCGAAACUAUCAGGCCUUCACCUCUUCAUCGGACGGUAGCUGCAUUCUGUGGGACCUGGAUUCCAAGACGCGAUCCCUCUGCCUGUUCGAGUCAACGCAGUUUAAGGCUAUGGCCUACCACCCAGACGAGAGUCAGAUCUUGACCACCGGAACGGACAGGUAUGGAUUGAAAUAUUGUGGCUGUUAUUCUACUAGAUAGUGAUUUAGGUAGCAUGACAAAUGGGCAUUAUGUUGUCUCAUGCAGCAUGACUUCGUCUUUCGGUAAACGAACGUAAAUGUCGUGAAAAUAACAGGAAAAUCACGUACUGGGACACCUUUGACGGGCAGGCCAUCCGGGUCCUGGAGGGCUCGAUCGAGGGCGAGCUGGCCACUCUCUCCAUGUCUUCUAUCAACUGCAGAAGUGUCUGGGUCUGGAAGGAUGCGAACUUGUGACGCGUGUUGCGGAUCAUACAAAAAUCUGUGUUGCAUGACUUCUUGCAAAAGGUCCCCACUUCUCGCCAUGCCGAGAGGGCAUGUAUCUCAUGCAGAAUGGGCAUCACCAAGGGGCUGCAGAACCUGUGAUCAUGCUAGGCCCUGCUUUCCAGACUUGGCGCAGAUUGGAAAAACUGCAUGACAAAUCUCGGAAUCUUUCCAGGCCCAGAUGACACAUUUGCAUUUGAUAUCUUCCUCGGGUUCGCACUUCGCCGCGGGUAGUCAGGACCGCAUGGUGAAACUCUGGGACUACGACCUCGGCCUGCCGUGCGGGAUCGGUCUCGGGCAUUCCGGCUCCAUCAACGGGGUUGCGCUCGCGCCGGACAACACGUGCCUCGUCUCGGUCGGCUCGGAGGGCGCGAUCUUCAUCUGGAAGGUGCCGGCGGAGGCGCAGGAGAAGAUGAAUGACUUGAGUCAGCUGGAUUAGUAUGGAUUGCAAAAGUGUCUGGGUCUGGAAGAUUGCAACUUGUGAUGCUAUUUUUGGAAUCUAAAAAAAUCCGUAUUGCAUGAGCAGCAAGAGGCGUCCAGUUUUAGCUCCGCGUAGAGAGCAUUUCUCAUGCGGGAUAGGCAUCAAGAUGCCUGCAAAAAAUUUGUGAUGCUGGGGCAUACACCACAGAGAUCACGGGUCAUGCAAAAUGUGCAUGACAAACCUUGCAUUCUUCCAGACCCAGACAUUUUUGCACUUCAUAAUUAGGUGGCGAGAGCAUGAUAACGACGGUGAGUUCUUCAUUUUAAAAAAUGCAAUGUAAAUUAUGUAAAAACUACAGUACUGGCAGGUGCACCACCUGCAAAUGAAGCUGGACAUGAGACGAGGCAUUAGUGGCCAGAAUACAGAAUCAGACAGCUAUAUGGAAUGCAAGACGAGUUUGCUGGAACUUUGAUUUACACAGUUGCACAGAGCAGGAAUAAGCUAACAGACAGAACAGUAUGCGUGAUUAAUCAGAUUUAGACGCCGAAAAAAUCUUCAGACAGAGACACAUCGUCCGAUGCACAGGCAGAGAAACAAAAACAACAAUUCUAAACUUUAAUCUUAGCGUGUUGAAUUAUGUGACACAGUUAUAACUAGAAAAACGUUUUGUGGUUUGUGGAUAGAAUCAGAAUGGCGUGGUCACCAGACAUCAUGCCAGAAACCAGUUUACUACACAUUCGCCGCGUGAGAGCACAGAUUACCUUAUUUUCAGAAUAGCUUACACUUUACAGACUUAUCAGCAGUUUUGUUCUUAACCAGUAUCAGAUUCUUUAUCGAGAGAGAGAAAUCAGACACUUCUCCUAUGUGACAGACAACUUUAUUACCCGAAUCAGUCACCUCACAGAUAUCUUAGAUUAACAGUAUCAGAAACAGCUUAUAGCAGACUCGUCUUCUAGCAGACGAGGGAACAACAACUUUUGGAAAGUAAAUCAGACAACGUUUUAGCUGCAGCACCAGCAGCAGAGUAGCAGGAAAUAUUUCGAGUAACAAACCAGGUUUAAUAGCAGGAAAGAUUUAGCAAUUUAGCAGACGACUUCAGAGUAACAGAAUUUCACUCAACGAACUACUCUUCCAACUACGGGUUAGAACUUUUACAGAGCAAAUGACCUUUACUGAGCAAAAUAAUAAACUGGAAUAAAUGUCCAAACUGUACUAUUUGAAAUGCGACGACACGCAAGGGC